AUGGGUGAAGGAGGCUACCGACAGAUCAACAAGACCCUGAACGCCUGCGCGUUCGAUGACUAUCUCGUCACGCAGCAGUCACAACUGCCCAAACUUCUGGAUAUCGAACAGCUCAGCCCGCGGGUGCUUCGAGUUCUUGGCCAGAAUGCGGGAAAGUUCACGUUGCAAGGCACGAAUACCUAUAUCGUGGGCACAGGCCAGCACCGCCUUCUCAUCGACACCGCACAGGGCUACCGUGAAUGGGCCGAUCUGAUCGACGUCACACUCUCGAACCGAUCGAUCUCGUUGUCCCAUGUGUUCCUCACCCAUUGGCACGGCGACCAUACCGGCGGCGUUCCGGAUCUCAUCCGGAUGUAUCCCCACUUGGUGGAUGGCAUCUACAAGAACUCGCCCGAGCAGGGCCAACACCCCAUCGAGGAAGGCCAAAUCUUCAAAGUCGAGGGUGCGACCCUCCGCGCAGUUCACGGACCAGGCCACUCGCACGACCACAUGUGCUUUGUCCUUGAGGAGGAAAAUGCCAUGUUCACGGGCGACAAUGUCCUCGGCCACGGCACGAGCGCCGUCGAGCAGCUGGGCCUCUACAUGGACACUCUCCGGAAGCUGCAGGCUCAAGGAUGUAGGACGGGCUAUCCCGCCCACGGUGCCGUCAUUCCCGACCUCAAUCUCAAGAUUGCCACCGAACUGGCGCAGAAGACCCGUCGGGAAAAGCAGUGUCUUGCUGCGCUGGGUCGGAUCCGGAAGGAGAGGUCCACGGGGCAGUUGGCCAGUGUUACUGUGGGUGAGCUUAUUGACGUAGUUCAUGGCACUCGGGUGAAUGAGGAAGUACGGAAAAUGGCAUUAGAACCGUUCAUGGAGGAGGUCUUGAGGAAGCUGGCAGAGGAUGGGAAGGUGGCAUUCCGGGUGAGGAAGGGGGUCAAGACUUGGUUUGCUCUU